AUGGUGCGUCUGCCUGACGCAAUCGGUCGUCAUCUGGCACCAAUCCUACGAGGCGCUGUCUGCAAUCAGUCGCAGACAGCGACUCUGUCACUUCGGACAGACGCUUCACCGUUGCCGUCUGCUUACCGUGACCGGUCCUCUGUCCUCUGUGCUAAUGCAGACACGGCAGAGUCAACCGGGGCACCUUUGUACAUGAUAUAUCUGGCGAGCGUCUCGGGCAUCGUCUGUUGGCCUACUUCCAUGGCCACACUGGCUCACGAUGAGGCGCCAGAUCUGCCAGAGCUGCCCAACGUCAUCUGGAAAUACGAAAUGCGACGACAAGCGCAAGAGAUCAUUCCUCGGCUGUGGUGCGGGCCCUACCAGAGCAGCAACAACCUAGCAACGCUCAAAUCCCAGGGCAUCACGCAUAUUCUCUGCAUUGCCGACACUCGAGAAGGCGGGCUUGUCAAGCCCAAAUUCCCCAAUGACUUUGAGUAUCAAGUCCUCAACAUCAGAGAUUCGUGGGAUCAGAACCUCAUCACUGUCUUUCCAGAAGUUGCCCAUUUCAUGGAACACGCACUCUCUACAGGCGGCGCUCUGCUCGUCCAUUGCGGAGACGGCAUCAGUCGCUCGCCUGCUAUAGUUACGGCAUAUAUUAUGGUCAAGUAUCGUCUAGGCGCAGAAGAGGCAUGCAGCUACGUGCGCGGUCGAAGGUUCUGCGUCUCGCCCAAUGUCUGGUUCCAGCAUCAAAUUGGAGCUUACGAGGGCAUCUAUCGGGCUCAAAACAUGAUGCACCAGGCGGGAGAACAAGAGGCGAGAGAUGUCUCACGGAGGAAGCGCCUGGAUGCCGACGAUGAGGCGGACAACAAUGACCCUGAUGCGCAUCACAUUUUGAUGACAACGCUAAACAGUCGACGUUCAAAGCCACUUCCAAAGCGAAGGAACGUGUCUGAUGGCAGUACAGGCGAGAUGCAAAUGUAA